GUGCAGUGAACUUUUGUACUAAGUACUAAUGUAAAAAAUUAUCAGCGCUACGAGAGUUUUGACGAACAUAUUGUAAAGUUUAUCAGUUUAUAGAUAUUAGAGUUCUCAAUUGUUCGAAGGAAUCAGCAUGGCACAAAAGAAGAAAGUUCUCAUGGUUUGCUUAGAAAGAAAGAGACACAAUUAAAUUAAGAUAUCACUAUAAUAAGGAAAAUCAUAAGUAAUUAUUUACAUUAAUGCUAAAAAGAAUGGCGCAUUUGACGUCACUUCUGCUAAAAAGAACUUCAGUGUACACUACUUGAACUAGUGCAGCCAGUUCAGCUAAAAAGAACAAACCUGUUGUUUGUGUAUAUAUUUCCAGUUUUUAUUAUUUUUAGUAUGUGAAAUAUUUUCAAGAUAAUUUAAGUUUUAAUUAUAAACAGAAAUAUUUUAAUUUGUUUCAAGAUGUCGCAGAAAAAAAGGGUACUUAUGAUUUGUUUAGGCAAUAUUUGUAGAUCACCAAUAGCGGAGGCUGUAUUUGAUAGUGAAAUAGGUAAAAGAGGUUUAAGAAAUAGUUGGGAAGUAAAAAGUGCUGCUCUAAUAGGAUAUCAUACUGGUAAAAUGCCAGAUCAUAGAGCUUUAAGUACAUUAAAGGAAAAUGGAAUCACUAAUUAUUCUCACAGAGCGUGUCCAAUUAAACAAGAUGAUUUUGAUCAGUUUGAUUGGAUAUUUGGUAUGGAUAAUGACAACAUGAUAGAAUUAUGUAACCUAAAACCAAGAGCAUGUCGGGCAAAAGUAGAGCUUCUAGGAAAUUAUGAUCCAAAUGGAGAAGUUAUAAUACGAGAUCCUUACUAUGAUAGUGAUAAUGCAGGAUUUCAGAAAGCUUAUGUACAAUGCCUAAGGAGUGUAACAGCAUUUUUGAAUAAACAUGCAAACGAAUCCAAGUAAAGUAAUAAAAAAGUAUGAGUUUAAUAGGAUGUAUAAAAACUAUGUUUUUAGUAAAUUAAUAAAGUUUUGUGUCUUCUCAUGAAAUAUUGAAUUCUAGAAAGGUAAUUUUCUCUCAAUACAAUAAAACAAUCUAUCAUUAUUAUAUAAUUUGUUUUAAAAUAUAAUUGCAUAAUAAAAUUAUAAAUUGUAUAAUAUAAAUAGGAAUCUAUUAUGACAAAAUUUGUUUUAAAAUCUUGUAUAUUUGGCACAUGCUUUUGUGACUGCAAAUUAUAUAUACAUAAUACAUACACAAUGGUUAUA